CCUGAUAGGCGCGUUCCGAGGGGGUCAGAGGUUGCGGUUUGGCGCCUGUUGGUUUCCCCGUGUAUGCCGUGGUGCUGUUGUCGGUAUGACUAAGAGAGCCAGCCCGUUUGGCGACACGGCGCCGCUGCAGUGGAAGAUUCACGUUACCCAGAAAGAGUUGAAUGAGGGGGUCUUCGGGGAGAAAUACAAGCGGGAGGUGUACGAAAAAACAAAAAGCUUGCUUUUUAAUGGUGCACAAGCCUUUAUGGGAUGUAUGUGGGCUGGCAAUUCAGAAGAGAAUUGUACACUGGUUCCCAUGACCAAGCCUAUUGAAGAUACCUGCUUUGAAAAAACAGAUGUUUGUAAUGGAUGUGAAAGACGAGAGUUACUCCAUGGGCAGACCUUUCUCGGACACAAUGGACAACUUAUAAAAGGUUCACGAUCUUCAUAUAGAUCAUCAGUCAAGCCAGCAACCGUGAACUGUUUUAGCUGUUUGAAGCCAUCAAAUUUCAAGGAGCCAUGCUCUCUGUGUGACCACUUAAUAUGUCAACAUUGCAGCAAAGUGUGUGAUCACUGUGCAAGGAUUUGUUGUUCUUUAUGCUCACUUGAUGAUUAUAAUGAAGCUUAUGAUCGUGUUUUCUGCUAUGGCUGCUUCCUGUGAAGAUGUUGAAGCUUUGAAUUAGCUGUAACUUGUAUAGAAAUGUUUUACAAUUAAUGCAUUAACUUGAUCACUUUCUUUCACAAAUGGAAGUGAAAUCCUACAUUGUAAUAUACUAUU